GGAAGCAUUUAAAAAGUUUUUCCUUUCUGAUAUAAUUAUGUUUUCUGGCAACAAAUGUUUCUUUAUAUUUUUAUGGAUUUUCCUGGUCCCGAUCUUCCUGUCAAAGAAAGUGCAAGAUUUACAAAUAAUUGUAGAGCACAAACCAGAAUCUUGCAAAGAAUUUGCAGCAACUGGUGAUACUGUGAAUGUUGAAUAUACGGGGAUGCUUGAAAAUGGAAAUAUCUUUGAUACAUCCAUGCGCGAAGGCCGGUCACCACUGCGUUUUCAAUUAGGGUCUGGUACAUUGAUAAAAGGGUGGGAGAGAGGAAUACAUGGCAUGUGUCUAGGGGAGAGGAGAAAGCUAGUUAUACCCCCUCAUCUUGGAUAUGGAUCAAGGGGAGUUGGAAAUUUAAUACCCCGUGAUGCAACACUAAUAUUCACUGUGCACCUUGUUGGUUUAGACAAGAAAUCAAUUGUUGGGCGAUUAAAAGGUCUAAGCACAUUGCUUGUGUGGCCAUUUUGUAUUCUGGCUGUGUUGUAUUAUCUCUACCGCAAGGCCAAAAAUAACCCUGAGUCAGAUAAAAGAUUAGAUAGAAAAUCAGGAAAAAAGAAACGAUAAAGAAUCCUAAGUCUUAUUAAAACUCUUUAAACCAAACACCUGAAGGAUCUGAAGAUAUAUAAAAAAGCAAUGGAAACCCGAUGAAGCUGCCGAAGAACAAAUAUAAUGCCUGUUUUCAUCAAUGGAUAACAUUUAAAGUGCAACUGUUUUCAAGUUUUUGCUAUUGUAGUAUUCUGAUACAUCUUAAGGACAUUGUUGCAAAUUGUAUUAGAUUUUUAUCAUAAACAUGAGAUUCUAUUUAAUGUAUGAUAAAUUCGAACAA